CACGUGCCGCUGUUUGGCGCUUUUGUGCGCGCCCCGGUCUGUGGGUGCUCAGAGUGUGGCCAGGCGGCUCGGACCGAGCAGGGUUUUCCUUGCUAGUGGAUUGUGUAGAAUACACUACCAGUCUCUUGUCUUCUGUUCACCAUGGCUUCUUCUGAUAUCCAGGUGAAGGAAUUGGAGAAGCGUGCCUCAGGCCAGGCUUUUGAGCUGAUUCUCAGCCCUCGAUCAAAAGAAUCUGUCCCAGAAUUCCCCCUUUCCCCUCCAAAGAAGAAGGAUCUUUCCCUGGAGGAAAUUCAGAAGAAACUAGAAGCUGCAGAAGAAAGACGCAAGUCCCAUGAAGCUGAGGUCUUGAAACAGCUUGCUGAGAAACGAGAGCACGAGAAGGAAGUGCUUCAAAAAGCGAUAGAGGAGAACAACAACUUCAGUAAAAUGGCAGAAGAGAAGCUGACCCACAAAAUGGAAGCCAACAAAGAGAACCGAGAGGCGCAAAUGGCUGCCAAACUGGAGCGUUUGCGAGAGAAGGACAAGCACAUUGAAGAAGUGCGGAAGAACAAAGAAUCCAAAGAUCCUGCUGAUGAGACUGAAGCUGACUAAUUUGUUCUGAGAACUGACUUUCUCCCCCUCCCCUUCCUAAAUAUCCAAAGACUGUACUGGCCAGUGUCAUUUUAUUUUUGCCCUCCUGACAAAUAUUCUAGAAGCUGAGGUAGGACUGUAUAGGUAGAUCCAGACUGUAUGAUGUUGUUUUAGGGGCUAAAGGGGAGAAACUAAAAGUGUUUUACUCUUUUUCUAAAGUGUUGAAGUCUUUCUAAUGUAGCUAUUUUUCUUGUUGCAUCUUUUCUACUUCAGUACACUUGGUGUGCUGGGUUAAUGGCUAGUACUGUAUUGGCUCUGUGAAAACAUGUUUGUGAAAAGAGUAUGUAGUGGCUUCUUUCAAACUGUUAGAUGCUGAAUAUCUGUUCACUUUUAAAUCCCAAUUCUGUCCCGAUCUUAACAGAUGCUACUGUACUUGAAUGGUUAAUAAAACUGCACAGUGCUGUUGGUGGCA